CGGCGGCGGCAGGUGGGAAGAGUGGCACUCCCGUUGAAGCCGCGGGAACUGCAGUUCCCAGCGUCCUGUGCGUCGUGACGUCACCCGGAAGCGCUCCGAAUGCGCGGCCGCUGCUAUGGUAUGGGCCGCUGUCGCUGUAGACGCCCUGGCGUUGAUGUCAGUGGCUUCUGCCGGAGCGGGUUUCCAAAACCUGGAGGCGGACUUCCAUCACGCUGAGGGAGGACUGCAUGUUGAUGGGAGCAGCGAGGACCGGGUCUUCGUCCCGAUGGUCGGCGUAUGUCGGGAGUCCUGGUCUUUAAGAAGCGGAGUUGGCGGGUGACAGUGAUUCUUCUUUGAAGAACCUUCUUGGAUGAUGACGCGAUGGGAAGAACUGCAGCUGGAUCCUGGUCCGGAUUUUCCACGAAAACCUGGAAAGUUCCUCGUGACUGAGCCCCGGAGGGAGCGGAGGUAUUUCGACUGUAGUGAACUUUGAGAUCAGUCACUGGCCAGUUGUUGUUUUUUUUUUAUCGACGGAGGACUUUUACCUGCCAAGCGAGCGUUGCGGCGAAUAUGACAACUUUUUUUCAGGUCUUUCCUCCGUCUCUCCCUCGUCGUCUUGGGUGUCGAGGUUGCAGUCUUCUUCGACAUGGAUCUGUCAUCCAGCUCGAGAUGAAACAUGACGAACGCGGAUAUGAAUAGUGUCAAGAGCACUCAGAAGACGAUCCUGCCACCAAUUGACCAUGGUGCUCGGAAACCUCUGGAUGUCAGAGGUAAGCAGCAAACUCUCCUGCCGCCUGUCUCCGGGGGCCAGCAGAGGAGCCCUCCGGGGCCCAGCACCUACUUGCACGCUUCAUUGCCACCAAUCUGCGAGCCCUCGCAGAAAACGUCUCAUCAACAUGCUACAAAGCAACAUGAGGGUCUCCAGGUAAGCAAAACCUGCCCUCAGGAAACCUCUCAUCCCAAUGAGAAGCAGAGAGGCAACUUUGCAUCCUCUGUCAACAGAUCAGGCAUGUCCCCCGAAGAUGCUCUGAGAUAUUUCAAGUCAUGUGUGACAGAGUAUGAGCAGAAAGAAAUCCAGGAAUACAAAGAGUUGUGGUACCUGGGAAAGAAGGAAAACAAGAUCCAUAGCUCAAAUGUCCCCGAAGACCAGGAUGUCAAGUCCUUCGACUCUGACUAUGACUCAAAGGACGGACUCUACCAAGCAAAUAACGUACUACUCUACAAAAAGGAUGGUGAAAUGCGAACAGUAGUUACUGACUUUGGAGUGAGCUACUCUGUGGAUGACAGAGAUCAUCUCCUCGGCCACACUCUGUGCUACAUGUCACCAGAGUUGCUCCUCGGCAAAAAGUGUGGCCCGGCCAUUGACAUGUGGAGCCUGGGCUGCAUGUUAGCUGAACUCCACUUUGGUCACAAUCUCUUUCGUGGCCCUGACGUUGGAAAACAGUUCAAAGCUAUAAUGGAUGUGCUGGGCGCCCCUCCUAAAGAGCUGCUGGCGGAGCCAUCUAGAAGAGACGAUUUGUUUGGCGUCACAUUGAAGAGCAACCAAAUACCACAACCCAGGACCACUCUGGCGAAAGUGCUGAACUCUAAGAAUGCCUACUUUGUCGAUUUCAUUGAGCGCUGCCUUCAAUAUGAUCCAAAAAAGCGCAUGACACCAGAGGAGAUACAUGUGCCAGUGCCCUCCAGCAACCAAAAACCUGUCCUGCGCCUGCCGCCAUUCCAGCAAGCCAAAAAACGGUGACCGUUAAUACUACAGUUAAAUAUCACAUUUAACUUCCUGCACAGAUAAACUGAGGAAAACAUCCACUCACAUACAUAUGUGGCUCCUACAUUAUGUACAAUACACAAUAUAGAGAGCACAAUCAAGCAUCUAUCCUUUCUACUGGUAAGUGUAUAUUAUUAAUUGAGAUCCACCAUGUCUUUUAUUGGAACCUGGAAAGUGUCCACACUGAAAACUGUGGUUUGACUGGCGUCAACAACCCAGUGCGGAGUAACGUAUUUGGUGCGGUUCAUCUGGAUGCUGAGUAAUGCAGACUGCACGGACAACAUCCCGAGUUCUCAAAUGGGUUGUUAGGAUGUUGCCAAUAAACCACCUCCAGUUCAGUUUCCUCUGAUGAGAUGACAGACCAACUGUUUAGAAGUUAGACAGGUGGUUACAUUUCGAAGUAGUUAUCAGUGUAGUACAGUUAAUGUACAUAAGUACAGUCACUGCAAGGGGGGGG